CCUUUCCACAAGCUCGUCAAGAACAGCGCUUACUACAGCCGCUACCAGACCAAGUACCGUCGUCGCCGUGAGGGUAAGACCGACUACUAUGCCCGUAAGCGCUUGAUCACCCAGGCCAAGAACAAGUACAACGCCCCCAAGUACCGCCUGGUCGUCCGCUUCACCAACCGCGACAUCAUCACCCAGAUCGUCUACUCUGAGAUCUCCGGUGACAAGGUCUUCGCCAGCGCCUACUCCCACGAGCUCAAGCGCUAUGGCAUCACCAACGGUCUGACCAACUGGGCUGCCGCUUACGCCACCGGUCUCCUCCUCGCCCGCCGUACCCUCAAGAAGCUCGGUCUCGAUGAGCAGUUCCCCGGUGUCGAGGAGGCCGAUGGUGAGUACACCCUCACCGAGGCCGCUGAGACCGACGACGGUUCCCGCCGCCCCUUCAAGGCCUUCCUUGAUGUCGGUCUUGCCCGUACCUCCACUGGUGCCCGUGUCUUCGGUGCCAUGAAGGGUGCCUCCGACGGUGGUAUCUUCGUCCCCCACUCCGAGAGCCGCUUCCCCGGUUUCGACAUCGAGGCUGAGGAGCUCGACGCCGAGACUCUCCGCAACUACAUCUUCGGUGGUCACGUCGCUGAGUACAUGGAGGGUCUCGCCGACGACGACGAGGAGCGCUUCCGUGGUCAGUUCCACAAGUACACCGAGGCUGGUGUUGAGGCCGGUGACAUUGAGGAGCUCUACACUGAGGCCCACAAGGCCAUCCGUGAGGACCCCUUCAAGAAGGACGAGGAUGAGGGUGAGAAGAAGACCAAGGAGGAGUGGAAGGCCGAGAGCAAGAAGUUCCGCCCCGCCCGCCUCACCCGCGAGCAGCGCAAGGAGCGUGUUGAGCAGAAGAUCCGCGAGCUUGCUGCUUAAAUGGCUGGCUAGG